AUGUCGCCCAAGGAAGCCGCGGGGACACAAGGUCCUCGGGAGAUCCUGUGGGGACAGCGCCCAGUCUCUAUUUUGGGAGACCUGGUUGACAGCGCGGGGUGGGAAGGGGAGGCUCGGUCGAGCUUAGUAAGAAGAGCCCAGGGCGCCCCGCGCCCUCCCACAUUCCUCUCCGCCCCCCGGCCCGGACCUGCCGGAGCCUCAGUUUCCCCGGGGACGUCGCCCCGCCUCCACCGCCGCCCGCCUCCAAGCUCCGGCCUAGAGGGAGGAUGUGUAUUUCGCCUUCCGGAAAAUGUCUAUUUUCGUUUAUUUCGUUCGCCCUCCCACGUCUUGUGCGCCUGCUCCAGGAGGGCCGCCGAGUUACCGAGGGCACCGCGGGAGGCGGACGCCGAGGCCUCAGGCUGGGUCGAGCAGCCCUCGCAGCUGCCCAGUCCGGCCGCUCAGCGGAGCGGGCUAGAAACCGCUCAACCUGCAACCGCUCGGGCCGCAACGGCUCUGCGCCGGCGCACGAAGGCAGAGCCGCCGCACUGCCCAGUUACCGUAAAGCCCCGACGCCCGGCCGGCGCGCACCUGUCUCACAGCUCAUCGGAGUCUCAGCUCCUGGCUCGCGCGAGCUUCCUAGAGGCAGAAAUACAAGUGUCUGCUUGAGUGAAGGAUUUGUGCUGAAAGGACCCUGGAGGAGGGACUGGCCGUCUCCAGUUGUGGACAUCAGAGCAUCAGGGCCAAGCUGUACCGCUGAUGUUUGUCUCCAUUGCUUGCUUGCCACCUACCUUGACUCACUGGAAUUCAGCUGGGGUGUGGUGGGCAUCUUCCAUCGGACUGUUUUGUUCUGUGCCUGGUAAGCAGCCUGGCUCACUGUGGGCCCCACAACCCCACCCUCUCCUCUGAUUAUGCUUUCCCUAAUUCCACCCAUCAUAUUUGAGACAGCAGAGUCUGUAUGGCCUGUGCUGGGAAGGUGCUUAGAGGAAUAUAAAAGCUCUUAAGAAUCCAAACUGCCAGUAGGGAGGUUAUCAACUAACUGUCGUGACAAGACCAGUCUGUGUUUCUGGUUGCAAACAACAAAACUAUCUGGCUAGAUUAAAAUGGAAAAGGAUUUAUAGAGAAUAUUAAGAAGCCCAUAGAAUUUCUAAAUGGUUUUAAAUCCACACAGAUAGCAAUAAUCCACAGCCAUGCUAUGGGCUUGCUCUAGUCUCUGGAGAGCAUACUGUCACCGCCUUCACUGGGCACUUUUGCUGAGCAUCUUUCCUUGGGAUUGGCUGCCUGAUGCUCCACCCUUGCUUCCCUGACCAUGAGGCAUCUUUGCUACUCUGCUUCCUGGAAGAUCGGUCCCCUAUUCCAUUUCUUCCCAUUGCUCACCUCUGAAUCCCAGGUGAAACCCAGCUACACGCCCCAUCUUAGUUGCAGGGAAGUAAUGCCGUGAAGGUGAGAAUGCAAACUUUGGGGUUUCUACUGGGAGAAGGUAGGGUUUAUAAUGUAGAAAUAUUACUGAAAUGUAGGGACAGUGCUGAAAAGAAGUCGGUGGCCACAAAUGUAAAUAUUUGCUAUCCAGUGUAUGAAAACUACUGCUUAAAAACAGCAAUGCAGUCAAAGGUGAGAUUUUGUGGCAUAAGUUAUUUGAGUAUUAGGGGAUUUCAGAGAAUGGAAAGGAACUUGUGACCAGUGAUUUGGCACAGAUGACUUGGAGUAGAAAGGUCUUGAAUGCGGUGUGCAGGAAAGAAAGGAUCUGAAUUGGGAGAUGAGAAGAAGGCAGAGGAAGAAUUUUCCUGGGGGAGACUGCAUGGGCGAAGAUGUAGAGGAGGAGGGUGGCCAUAGCAUUUGUUGUCCCAACCAGCAUACUUGAGUGUGAAAGGAAGCACACUAAAAAAUUGUACUGGGACGGGCCA